CGUUACAAUUACACUGUUGAAUGUGAAAAACUUGUCAAUGAACAAAUUAAUCAUGAAUUGAAUGCUAGUUACUUUUACACAGCAUUGGCAACUUAUUUUGCUCAGCCAACUAUUGCCUUGCCAGGUGUUGCAAGUUAUUUCCACAACCAGGCAAGUGAAGAAAGAACACAUGCUCAAUCUUUGAUUAAUUAUCAAAAUUCUAGAGGAGGAAAGGUUAAAUUCACUGUGAUCAAUGCACCACCUGAGUUUGCAGACGUUUUUGAUUCAAGUGAUAGUACUGGUCAAUUACAUAUGGCUACUAAAGGGUUCGAAUUGGCAAUCGAAACUGAAAGAAUGGUUUAUGAUAAAAUUUCACACUUGUAUCACAGAGCUGAACAACAAAAGGACUUUGCAUUAACUGGGUACCUUCAAAGAUUAAUUGACGAGCAAGUAGAGAGCUUGAAAGAAUUGCAAACCUUGUUGACCAAAUCAAAGAGAGUUGUCAAUGAUUAUUGGUUCGAUCAA